AUGCAGCUUACGUCGGCAGUCGACGUCAUGUGGCCUCAGCUCUUGCUGGCCGCGAUUUCGCCCAAUCUCGCCAGUCUCGCGCACGUUGCCAUGCCUGUCUUCACCGCAGUCGCCGCCGACAACGUCCUCGCCGCGCGGCUGGCUGGGCUCAGCCUACUCGACUGGCUCCAGCUCUGGAGCAGCCAAAUCACUUUGUACUCCCACGUGGACGACGACGCCGACGUGUCGCGCCUCUGCAACAUCUUGCGCCAAUGCACCAAGCUUCAGGUCGUCGAGAUGUUCGACGUCAGCGAUGCCGCUUGCAUCCUCGACGCGAUCACGACGCCGGCCCACCGCGUCUCGUCUCUUCAGGUCGAUGGCAAAGGGAACGUGGCCGAGUUGAUGGCGAAUGUGGCUCGUUGGCUCACGACUGGCCAUGCGACGCACUUGGAUUUGACGUACUACGUCUCGUCAGACGGCGAAGUCAACCACCCAGCGCUGGCCACCAUGCUCACAAUGACAACGGAGCUCGAACACCUUGCGCUCUCGUUGGACGCACCCGGGCUGCUUGCGCCGCUUGUCCCCCCGAUCACGUCGCUAAUCGAGACCAUGGCAGUGCGACGCAUCAUGUUCCACGACGACGUCGACCUUGAUCGUCUCGUGCUUUGUAGCCCAACGUAGACUCGCUACGGGCGAUAUUGUAGCAACCAAACACACUUUUUUUGGCUGGAUUUGGGUGACGCCAUUCCAAGGGCACCUGGUGCCUUAGGCGGAGCGGC